AUGGCUGAACUGGAGAAGGUCCCGGUGGUGGAUAUAGACCCAGACGGCACCUUCAAAUACGUGCUGAUACGAGUCAGCUACACGGAGAAGCUGACCGACUACAGGGACAUCGUGAGGGGAUACGGCUGGGCGGAGUACCACGCUGACAUCUAUGACAGAGUGGCCUCGGAGAUUGAGAAGGACCGUGUGCUGGACUGUGAGUGCCUGGGGGGAGGCCGAAUUUCCCAUUCCAGCGGUAGCAAGAAGAUCCAUAUCUACGGCUACUCUUUGGGUUUUGGUCGGGCCAAACACUCUGUAGCUAUGGAGCUGAUCAAGACUAAAUAUCCAGACUAUGAGGUCACCUGGUCAGACGAAGGAUACUGA